AUGGCUUACCAGACAUUCCAACAGGAAUAUCUACAGAUUCCUGUGGUAACUAGGGCAUAUACUACUGCCUGUGUACUCACCACCGCUGCCGUGCAAUUAGAACUCAUCACUCCUUUCCAGCUAUAUUUUAAUCCUGAUUUGAUAUUGAAGAAUUAUCAGGUAUGGCGACUUAUUACCAACUUUCUCUUUUUUGGUCCAGUUGGAUUCAACUUCUUAUUCAACAUGAUUUUUUUAUACCGCUACUGUCGAAUGCUGGAGGAGGGCUCCUUCAGGGGCAGAACCGCUGACUUUGUCUUCAUGUUCCUCUUUGGUGGCCUUCUGAUGACCAUAUUCGGCACCUUUGUGAGUCUUGUGUUUCUAGGUCAAGCCUUCACCAUCAUGCUGGUUUAUGUGUGGAGCAGACGCAACCCUAAUGUGCGAAUGAAUUUCUUUGGCCUUCUUAAUUUCCAAGCUCCUUUCUUGCCGUGGGUGCUCAUGGGAUUUUCUCUGCUGCUAGGCAACUCAAUCAUCGUCGAUCUUUUGGGAAUCGCUGUGGGACAUGUCUAUUUUUUCCUGGAAGAUGUGUUUCCCAACCAGCCAGGAGGUAGCAGAUGGCUCAAGACUCCAUCCAUUCUUAAAAUGCUUUUCGACACCCCAGAAGAGGACGUCAAUUACAACCCCCUCCCAGAGGAGCGCCCAGGGGGUUUUGCCUGGGGGGAGGGCCGGCGUUUGGGGGGCUAGGACGACCUCUCACCUUGGGACUUUCUUGGACAACUUUUCUGAGAGCAAUGGGGAAAGAAAAAAAAAAAUAUUUUCUUCCUUUUUUUUUUUUUUUUUUU